UUAUUUUAGGUAGGUAGCCUAGUAGCAAACUUAACCCUAGCUAGCUAUGUUAUGGACAACUAGCUAGCUUGCUAACGAUUGGUUAGUAGUUGCUAACCGCAUUAACCUAGUUGUUAAAACACAAUAAAAAGUUACAUCUAAAUAGCUAACGUUAGAUACAUCGCCAAAUACGAUUUAGGCGUUUGUUGUCAUUUAGCUAGCUAUCUAGCUAUGAAGUUGGCUGGCUAGCUUGGUCAGAUCAGUUGAAUGGUAAUUUGUAUAGCCCAUGUAUGUAUUGGAAAGACACGGGUAGUCGCAAAUUGGUGAAUUAUAUUUUUUUUAGCAGCGAGUCUGUUUCCCGGGUGGGUUUGAAAUAGAACUUACAGUAUUUAUCAAUAUUAAAUAAAUGACUAAUUGCUGCUGGUGACUGGUUGGACCGUAAAGUGACGUUGACUUUCCUUUUUAAAAUAAGUUGUUCUGUCAGAUAUCUAACAAUCGACUGUUCAGUUUAGAGAUUGUCAUCAGGGCUUUUUGAUGAGUUUGUUUUUGUAGUUUAUUGGUGCAAAAUGGAUGUUAAGAUAGAGGACGAUGAAGCAGAGAGAUCCCAAGUAACCAUUUGGUCUGAUUCAAUUAAUUCCUGUAUAGAUUACCCACAUUCUCCAGUGUCAGGAAACACAGAAACAAGUUAUCUGGAAACCAAAUCCGAUUCAACAUAUGAACAUAACUAUACAGUGAUCCAAACUACCAACAAUUUAUCAGACAGUUAUUUUCUUUCUGAGAUUGAUGUAAAGCUUGAGGAGAAUGACAUGGGAAUAUCCCCAACUGUCCCAUGGUCUUUGUGUUCCUAUGUGGGUUUACCAAAAGAGCAUUCACAUGUACCUUCCAUCAGUUCCCAAACAACAAGUCAAGGGCAGAUUUUACGUCUUUUCCCUGAAAAGACAGGCCCAAGUGAUGGGGAGAAUAAUGCUGUCAAAGUGGUUUAUUUCUGUAAUGCCCAAGAUCCCGUUAGCACAUCUGAAGGGCAUUUUCUCAAAGAGGAGUCAUGGCAUGGAUCACCGUCCAGUGAUAUUCCCAUAGCAAAUGCAUUCACCCUCUGUGGUUCAUUUGAAGCUCAAAUCAACCCAUCUUCACAGGUGUUUAGCGUAAACCAAACCCAGACCAAUAAUGAAUUGCCAUUGCCUGCUGACAAUGUUCAUCUAGCAAGAUAUAGUCCUGACACUCCUUCUGUGCUAACCUCGCCUGCUACAGAAAGCGGCUGCAAUUUAGCUGUAUCUACUAGAUCGAGGCCUAUUCUUUCCGAUUGUGAGCCGUUCAACUUUCCUUCUGAUGAAGAUGAAGACUACAAUGGCGACGAAAGACGAAGACUGCAAUGCCAAAAAACGAUAGAUGAGUAUAUACGGCAGUGUCGUGUCAGUUACUCAAGAAAAACCCCAAGACAGUUUGGAAGGUUUUUGAAAGUUCCAUACCAGAAGUGCAAAGAACUGGGUGUAGAUUUCAAUGUUGGAUCUGGAGCGAAACAGAAACUUGAUCGUCAUUUACUGACAAAUGGUGUAAUGGUUGAGGUGUCUCAAUAUGCUAGAGAGAUUAGUAGAGCUCACCAGCAUGUUAUCUAUGAUAUUCUAGAAUACAACUUUGAUCUUGGUGUUGGUAAUGUACGAUAUGAAUUUUCCUCCCGGACUUUGUUAAAACUAAAAGAAAUGAAAAAGAAUCACAGGUGGACACAACCUGGGUGGUUAGCAGAAGUGUUUGAACUUCCUGAUCCAAAGACACUCAAAGCAACCAACUCCUCUCUUAAACGGGCAAGAUCCAAUUUGCAUAGCAGCGUCUCAGAAAAUCGAACACCCUUUGACGUCUGUAUAAAGGAGGAGUCUGUUGUGGACUUGAUAUCUCCUCCGCAUGUGAAGACUGAAAGCCUCUUUACUGAGACAGUUUUAACACGGUGUGCGGGUGAGACUGCACUCCUUGGCCCUGAAAAGGGAUCUAAUGAAAAAUGCACAAAGGAUGAGGCUGAUCUGGAUGUGAUCUAUCCUCAACAUGUCCAGACAGAAACCAUCUUCACUCAGACAGACAUAACAAUGAAGCAAUCCUUAAUGAUGCCCACACUAGAAGAAGCAUUGGAGUACCUCUACCCUCUCUGUAAGGAAAAAGGACUUGACCUGGAUGUGAAGUCUAAAUGUGUGAAAAUGGAUAAACUGGACUUGCAUCUAUUGACCAGAGAUGUCAUGUUAGAAUUGGCUGAUUUUGCCUCAGAUGUGUGUGGAACUUACAGGCAGGUUGUCUGUGAUGUUCUAGAACAAAAUUUUGAUCUGGAUUUACAAAGUGGGAAAACUGAGCUCGCUGAAGAUAUUAUGCAUCAGCUACACGCUUUGUUGAAAAUGACAGAUAUACAAAAGCGAAGGAGAUGUGGAUAUGACAAGGAUACUUUCAUGAAAAAACGACCCAAACAUAAGAAUCCCGCAGGGAUUUUCCGUAGACUGAAUUUCACUACAGCAACACUUGUGCCAAAAUACCGAAGGCUGAAAGAAGUAACAAAAAGGAGGAGGUUGGCUUUAAUGAAGAAAAAAAAAGAAAUGGACACGUUAAUAGCCAGGGCGUCGAAGGGAGGCAAUUUGCUGGAAGUCAAGCUAGAGAGCAUCUCUGAUAAGAUUGACCUUGCACUUUGUGCUGAUGAAACAAAGAAAAAUGUUACCAACUUAGAACAUUCAAAUGUGACGUUUAACACUAAAGAACUGGUGAAAGACUGCUACCCACUCUGUCAUGAAAUAGGUCUGGGCCUUGAUGUUGCAUCCAAACCUGAAUUCACUCACUGUGGUUCAUUUGAAGCUCAAAUCAACCCAACUUCACAGGUGUUUAGCGUAAACCAAACCCAGACUAAUAAUGAAUUGCCUUUGCCUGCUGACAAUGUUCAUCUAGCAAGAUAUAGUACUGACACUCCUUCUGUGCUAACCUCACCUGCUACAGAAAGCGGAUGUAAUUUAGCUGUAUCUACUAGACCGAGGCCUAUUCUUUCUGAUUAUUGUGAGCCAUUCAACCUUCCUUCUGAUGAAGACGAAGACUACAAUGGCGAUGAAAGACGAAGACUGCAAUGCCAAAAAACGAUAGAGGAUGAGUAUAUAAGGCAGUGUCGUGACCAUUACUCAAGAAAAACCCCAAGACAGUUUGGAAGGUUUUGGAAAGCUCCAUACCCGAAGUGCAAAGAACUGGGUGUAGAUUUCAAUGUUGGAUCUGGAGCGAAACAGAAACUUGAUCGUCAUUUACUGACAAAUGGUGUAAUGGUUGAGGUGUCUCAAUAUGCUAAAGAGAUUAAUAGAGCUCACCAGCAUGUUAUCUCUGAUAUUCUAGAAUACAACUUUGAUCUUGGUAUUGGUGAUGAAGUACGAUAUGAUUUUUCCGCCCGGACUUUGUUAAAACUAAAAGACAUGAAAAAAAAUCACAGGAGGACACAACCUGAGUGGUUAGCAGAAGUGUUUGAACUUCCUGAUCCAAAGACAAUCAAAGCAAGAGACUCCUCUCUUAAAUGGGCAAGGUCCAAUUUGAUUAGCAGCGUCUCAGAAAAUCGAACACCCUUUGACGUCUGUAUAAAGGAGGAGUCUGUUGUGGACUUGAUAUCUCCUCCGCAUGUGAAGACUGAAAGCCUCUUUACUGAGACAGUUUUAACACUGUGUGCGGAUGAGACUGCACUCCUUGGCCCUGAAAAGGGACCUAAUGAAAUAUGCACAAAGGAUGAGGCUGAUCUGGAUGUGAUCUAUCCUCAACAUGGCCAGACAGAAACUACAAUAGAAGAAGCAUUGGAGUACCUCUACCCUCUCUGUAAAGAAAAAGGACUUGACCUGGAUGUGAAAUCUAAAUGUGUGAAAAAGGAUAAACUUGACUUGCAUCUAUUGACCAGAGAUAUCAUGUUAGAAUUGGCUGAUUUUACAUCAGAUGUGUGUGGAACUUACAGGCAGGUUGUCUGUGAUGUUCUGGAACAAAAUUUUGAUCUGGAUUUACAAAGUGGGAAAACUGAGCUGGCUCAUGAGAUUAUGGAUGUGUUAGGAUCAGUUUUGAGGAGAAGGACACAGUUACAAGGUCAAAGGAGAUGUGAAUUUUACAAGGAUACUUUCAUGAAAAAACGUCGCAAACAAAGGAAUUCUGCAGAGAUUUCCAAUAACCAGAAGGCCACUACAGCAACACUUGAGCCGAAAUACCAAAGGCUGAAAGAAGUAACAAAAAGGAGGAGGUUGGCUUUAAUGAAGAAAAAAAAAGAAAUGGACACGUUAAUAGCCAGGGCGUCGAAGGGAGGCAAUUUGCUGGAAGUCAAGCUAGAGAGCAUCUCUGAUUAAGAUUGACCUUGCACUUUGCUGAUGAAACAAAGCAAAAUGUUACCAACUUAAACCAAUCAUAUGUGACGUUUAACACACAUGGGUGUAAGAGUGCUACCCGAUCUCUCAUGAAGUAGGUCUGGACAUUGAUGUUGCAUCCAAACCUGCACAAACGAAACUGGAAUUGAAUUUACUGACUAACAGUGUUGUUAUCGAGGUUCAUACAUACUUGCGUAAGAAUCGUUGAGGUAAGAUUGGAUUGGAAAAGAUGGGUGGGUAUUUUGUUUGCUCUCUGAUAUUCUAGAAUACAAUUUUGAUCAUAGUUUGCAAAAUCAGAGACGUUAUCAAUUUCUAUUAUGGAUUUCGAGUAAAGUGACGGUUCGGAAACACAAACCUGAGCUCUUGGGAAAGGGUGAAAUGUCGAAAGAAGUGUUCAUAAUACCAAGUGUGAUUUCAAAGCCGUGCAACAAAAAACAAACCCAGUGCUUUCAGAUCAUUUUUCUAAAAGAAUGUCAAAGAAAUCUCAGGGGAGAAAAGAAAUGGAACAAGAUGCAAGACUGGUAUAUCCUAAUCAUGGCCAACACUAUCGCCACGAAGAGCAUUUAAUCAAAGAUUGUUCAUGGAAUGGCUCAACGCCCAUUGAUAUUUUGACAGGAAAUGUAUUCAGCCUCCCAGAAUUGUCACUACGCAUUGCAGAAAAGGGUUAUUUUGAAAGUCAAGUCAACCCAACUUCAGAUAUUUAGCCAAACGCCAACUGAACGACAACAGCAGGCCAACAAUCUCCCAAAAUAUGGUACUGCCGUACCUUUUGUGCUAUCCUCAUCUGCUACAGCAAUCGGCUGUAAUGUAGAACUACCUACUAGUCCUCCUCUUCCAGCCAAUUGUAAAUCAUUUGAACUUUCCCUCUGAAGUCUACAAUGUCAAAAAUUCAGAGGAUGAGUAUGAACUCAGCAGAAAAAGAAACGUCCUCUCACUGUCGACUGCAUUUAUUUUCAGCAUGUGUAAAUAUUUGUAUGAACAUAACAAGAUUCAACAACUGAGACAUAAACUGAACAAGUUCCACAGACAUCUGACUAACCCGUAAUGGAAGAAUGUGUCCCUGAACAAGGGGGUCAAAAGUAAGUCAGUAUCUGGUGUGGCCACCAGCUGCAUUAAGUACUGCAGUAAAUCUCCUCACCAGAUUUGCCAGUUCUUGCUGUAAGAUACCCCACUCUUCCACCAAGGCACCUGCAAGUUUACAGACAUUUCUGAGGGGAUUGGCCCUAGCCCUCAUCCUCUGAUCCUUCAGGUCCCUGACGUGCUCAAUGGGAUUGAGAUCCGGGCUCUUUGCUGGCCAUGGCAAAACACUGACAUUCAUGUGUUGCAGGAAAUCACGCACAGAACGAGCAGUAUGGCUGGUGGCAUUGUCAUGCAGGAGGGUCAUGUCAGGAUGAGCCCGCAGGAAGGGUACCACAUGAGGGAGGAGGAUGUCUUCCAUUUAACGCACAACUUUGAGAUUGCCUGCAAUGACAACAAACUCAGUCCGAUGAUGCUGUGACACACCGCCCCAGACCAUGACGGACCCUCCACCUCCAAAUCGAUCCCGCACUAGGGUACAGGCCUCAGUGUAAUGCUCAUUCCUUCGACGAUAAAUGCGAAUCUGGGGUUUGUGCCCAACAUUGUUGCACAAACCCCAAACCCAACAACUGGGUUUGUGCCCAACAUUGUUGCUGGUGAUGUCUGUUGAGGACCUGCCUUACAACAGGCCUACAAGCCCUCAGUCCAGUCUCUCUGUCUAUUGCGGAUAGUUUGAGCUCUGAUGAAGGGAUUGUGCGUUCCUGGUGUAACUCGGGCAGUUGUUGUUGCCAUCCUGUACUUGUCCCGCAGGUGUAAUGUUCAGAUGUACCGAUCCUGUGCAGGUGUUGUUACACGUGGUCUGCCACUGUGAGGACGAUCAGCUGUCCGUCCUGUCUCCCUGUAGCGCUGUCUUAGGCGUCUCACAGUACGGACAUUACCAUUUAUUGCCCUGGCCACAUCUCCAGUCCUCAUGCCUCCUUGCAGCAUGCCUAAGGCACGUCCACGCAGAUGAGCAGGGACCAUGGGCAUUUUCUUUUGGUGAUUUUCAGAGUCAGUAGAACGGUGUCUUUAGUGUCCUAAGUUUUUAUAACUGUGACCUUAAUUGCCUACAGUCUUUACGUUGUUAGUGUCUUAAUUACCGUUCCACAGCUGCAUGUUCGUUAAUUGUUUAUGGUUCAUUGUGCAAGCAUGGGAAACUGUGUUUAAACCCUUUACAAUGAAGAUCUGUGAAGUUAUUUGGAUUUUUACGAUUUAUCUUUGAAAGACAGGGUCCUGAAAAGGGGACAUUUUCUUUUUUUUCAGAGUUUAUUUGUCAGUGUCGUCAGUUGCUCAACCUUUCCCAAAAUGGGCUGGAAGAUAUUUGAAAGUGCCAAGAAAUAGGCUUAGAAUUAAUUGAAUGUCGGAACUGGAGCAAAAUAUAAUCUUGAUUUGCAUUUUUACUGACUAAUGCUGUAAUGGUUGAGGUUUCGGAUUUAAGUAAGUGGAUUAGUAGAGCUUGCCAACAUGUCUGAGAUAUUGUAGAGUACAACUUUGAUCUUCUUUUGCAAAAAUGCGUAACGAUAUUACUUUAAAAAUGGACAGAAGCAAGAUUCAUUAGAAGAGAAGAACCUGGGUGGUUAACAUAAUUGUUUGAACUUCCUGAUCCAAAGACAAUGAAAGCAGGACAAUACUCUCUUACAUGGGCAAAAAGCUAUUUGCAUACAGUGCCUUCGGAAAGUUUUCAGACCCCUUGACUUUUUCCACAUUUUGUUAAGUUACAGCCUUUUUGUCAAAUUGAUUAAAUUAAACAAUGUCCUUAGCAAUCGGCGUUCAAAAGUGCUACCCACGCUGCAAGGAAAUGGGCCUGGACCUCGACGUUGCAUCCAAAACUGCAAAAAAACGAAACGCAAAUUUCAGUUACAGGUAAUGGUGUAAAUAUUUAAUAAUAGAAUGGAAAAAGGCUAAAGGAUAUGCGUCUUUUCUCUAUGAUAGUCCAGAAUACAUUUUUAAUCUUAAAGUAGAACUGAUAGCGUUUUAGCAAUAUGCAAUCUUAGAUCUGUUCAUAUACAUCCCAGGAAGAUUAUAUAUAUUUUUAAACGUUUUCUGACACGUGAUCACUUGUAGAUAUGGUCAUUUUUAUAAAUUCAUUGAAUGUUUGAGAAUGAAGUAUAGUAAGGCAUUUGUGAAAAUUCUAUAAGAAUAUUGUCAGAGGACAGACCCAGUUUUUGAAAUUAUUUUUAUUGACUGUUCAACUCAAUCUGAUCUUGGACAGUUUUUUUUUUAGUUUACCAGUGAUUUUGUGUAGCCUACCACUUCGCGGCUGAGCCGUUGUUGCUCCUAGACGUUUCCACUUCAAAAUACCACUUACAGUUGACCGGAGCAGAAAUUUGACAAACUGACUUAUUGGAAAGGUGUCAUCCUAUGACGGUGCCAUGUUGACAGUCACUGAGCUCUACAGUAAAGCCAUUCUACUGCCAAUGAUUGUCUAUGGAGAUUUUAUACACCUGUUAGCAACGGGUGUGACUGAAAUAGCCGAACCCACUUAUUUGAAGGUGUCCAAAUACUUUUGUGUUAACGGUUAAGUCUUUGAAUAGUGGAUUUUGCAGAUUCCCUUGGCCUCCUGUUGGUUCAAUUUGUUCUUGCUGUGGUUUAUUUCUAGCCUUUUUUCUUUCAACGACAUGUUCAUUGACGAGCCUAACUUUUCUACCGUUGAAAGCCUCUGUAGAUUAACCUUCUGAUCUUUCUUUUUUGAUGUAAAUAAGGCGAACAAUGAUAUUUUUGAUAAUUUAAGAGUUGGCCUAGGCAUUGGUAAAAAACCUAUGGAUCAUGUUUUUCUUUUUGUAAGUUUGUUUUUCAGCCAUUUUUGGAGUGACUUAUCUGUGGGCUAGUUCUUUUUUUCUUUUUUUUGAGGAGGAGAGAUUAAGAAAACACAGCUUCAACACUUGCUUUGCAGUUACCCAUACUUUUCUCUUAUACGGUCAACUAUGAAGUGAAAGUAUUUUUAAGGACACUUUCAUUGACAUUCUUAGGUGUACCUCUGACACCUGUUGCAUCACAAGGUAUGCAAGUAAAUGUGUGACAGAUGCGCAUUGCAGCUUUUUCUACUGCUUGCCAUUCAAACUUUAAAACAUGCAAACCGGUCUGGAAUGGUGUGCUUGUAUACAGUGUUUUGAUACCAGUUAUUCUAGAGCCCGACGGAUAUGGGAUUUUUGUAUCCAAUUUUAGAGGGGAAAUAUUCACAGAUAAUUGAUAUUGGGCCUAUAUUUUUAUGAUUUUAGCUGGAAUGAAACAUUUAAAUGUUUUCUGUAUGGAUUGUGAUUAAAAAGAUACUCAAAGAACAUUUAAUGUAAGCACCACAGAAAAAUUAGGAGCACCAGAAAGAUGCAGGAAAGAAAGUAAAUACAAAAUGUACUCUAGUGAAAGGAAGAUAUACCGCCCUGAUUCCAGGAAACAACAUGAGCCUCUGAAGACUGAGCGGCCCCAUGCCAGAAUGAGGCUAGUAUUCCAUUUGUAGGGCUGUAGCCACUGGUAGUUGUCACUUGCAAGAUACAAAAUUUUACGCUGGCACUGUGCUGCCUCUCGCCCCUAAGUGUUGCUUCAGUGAAUGGUCCUUGCUAUCCGGGAUCCGUGAGACAUCGCUACCGCAUAGUUUUGAAACACCAUGUAAACACUGAGAAUGUAAAGCAACUUUUUUUUUUGUCUACCUGGCGUUUUUGUUACCUUUUUUUAGACAAAUUAGUGAAUGGUCUUUGUUUAUUUUUUUAUAUAUUUUUUUCAUUUUGACUCCUAUCCAAGUGCUUACAGUUUCGUGGAUGUUUUUGUGAUAUUCAUUUUUCUGAGCAGAUGUUCGUUUCAGCCAUUUUUGGAGGUUGAUUUAUUUAGUUUAUUUUUGCUUUUUUAUCCUGGGAGGAUUAACACAUUUUUUGAAGAAGUCUUCAUACUUCUUCCAUUUGUGGACUGCCUCAAAGGAGUUUCUUUCUGGCAUACUUUGGAGUGUCUUUGGAACAAAGGGUGCUGAGUCUCUGUGUCAACCGGCUGAGCAUGCGCCCCAAAAGCAGGAUGGUCUUUCUGUCCUCUGCCAAGUUUGAUGGAACUCUACAGAAACUACCAUGGUGGUUUCCAGCUUCAGCCAGACUGGGACAGACUGGGAAGGGGAAACAAGUGAACAGAUAUUCGCCAGGGCAAUCGCAGAAUGGUCACCAUGGAAACAUACCACCUGUACCAGUUCAGGACAUGAGAUCGCCACGUUGACCAUCUUUAAGACGAAACAGUCUCUGGGUAUCAGUAUCUCAGGUGGGAUGGAGAAUGAGAUGAUGUUUCCAGGAGGAGCUGCCUCUACCAGUAACGUUCUGAUGCUUCUUUAGGAGCUCACUGUAAUAUUCCGGCAGCUCAUGCUUUAAUCCAAGCUGAGCCAUAUAAUACAAGGUGAUGUGUUUAGCGGAAUGUAUUGGUCUGUGACGUUUGUAAACAACACUCAACAAUACCUGAAUGAAAAGACUUUGCUGGUG